UUAUUUAUCGACUGCUUACCAUUUCUAGUGGAGGCCGGGGCACUGCAACAUUUGGGUUGUAAAAUUAAAAGAAUUGAAUGAAAUUUUAACAUAAAAUGGCAUUUAGCAGUCUUUUGGUGAAAACACAAUUACCCCAAAGCCUACGGCAAUCAACCCCAUUGAUAUUGGCAUGUCGUCAGGGACAUACGGUACGUGGUAAGCCUGUCGGUGUAGCCAAAACAUUGGAACAACGUUUGGCAGAGGAAAAUAAACAGGAUCCCGAGCUGACAGCUCGCGUUAAUAUUGGCUUGCCCAAAUUGAAACAAUCACGUUCUGAAUUGUUCAAAGAUCGUUGGGCUCACAUUAAGGCACAACGUGCCAACACAGAAUUGGAGAAGAAGACCAGGAGUCAGCAGUUACUCAUUGACUUGAAACAAGUUGACCAGGAUUAUGGUCUGACAACUCGUGGUUUUGAUUUGCGUGUUAUUGCCGAUCAUUAUGGCAUUUUUGAAGAUUUGUUUGGUGCUGCCUAUUUUAUACCCAGAGUCAAUCUUAAUAUACAGUAUGAAGCUGAUGCCGAAACCCUGGUACCAGUUUACAAUGGCAACGUCAUUAAACCGAAGGAGGCAAGGAAUCAACCUUUGGUAAGCUUUGAUGGUACCACAGAUCCCAUUACAGGAAAACCACAAAAAGAAGAUUCCUAUUGGACUCUGGUUGCCACAAAUCCUGAUGGCCACUUCAAUGAAGGUGAUAAGGAAUAUGUACAUUGGUUUGUAUCCAACAUUCCUAAUGGUGAUGUACAAAAGGGUGAUGUGAUUGUUAAUUAUUUGCCACCAUUCCCACCCAAAGGCAUUGGCUAUCAACGUUUCGUAUUCAUUUUGUAUAAACAAAAUAAGAAACUAGAUUUUAGUUCCUUGAAAUUGGCCGAGGCUGACUAUGCGAACUUGGAUAAACGUACAUUCAAGACCUAUGAUUUCUAUCGUCAAUAUCAAGAUGAGAUAACGCCAGCUGGUUUGGCUUUCUAUCAAACGGAUUAUGAUAAAUCGCUGACGAAAUUCUAUCAUGAUGUGUUGAACCUAAAGGAACCCAUUUUCGAAUACGAUUUCCCCGAACCCUAUCUGGCUGACCAGAAAUUCUUCCCCCUGCGCCAGGCCUUUAAUUUGUACAUGGAUCGUCAUCGUGACAUCAAACAAGUGAACAAAGAAUAUUUGGAGCAAAAAUUGGCCAAAACACAUCCAUUCAAUGGCCCAGAGCCCGAGUUACGUUAUCCUAACGCCCAUCCCAUUAAGAAUAAACCAUCAUGGUUACGUACCGAAAUCAGAAAGCAACGUUUGCGCAUGGGCCGCAUUAAUGAUUAUGUGAAUUAAAUUGUUGGUUACUUUAUUUAUAAUUUGUUGUGCUUUGAUAUUCAAGGGAUGGAAUAAACAAAUGUAAUUUCGAAAGCUGCGAA